AUGUCAGAUAAUAAUUUGCUCGAAAAAUUAUUUCAAAUUCUGAAAGAUGAAGGAGUUUUACAACCGAAAAAGGAUGAUCCGGUUGUUCGAUUUAAGGAUCCUGAGGAUUUAUUGAAAAUAUUUGACUUUACCGUGGAUGGUGACUCUCCCCUGAGUGAAACCAAAGUCGAAACUCUUCUCCGAGAAAUUAUGAAAUAUUCAACAAAAACCAGUCAUCCCCAUUUUCAUGGAAUUCUCUUCGCUGGAUACGAUUCUUAUGGCUUACUCGCCUCAUGGAUGAUGGAAGCGCUUAAUACUUGCUCCAUAACUUAUGAUCUCGUGCCAAUGUUCGCUCUUAUCGAAAACGCCGUUAUCAAAAAGCUGCUUGAGUUGUACGGAAUCCCGAACGGUGACGGAAUUUUUACGCCAGGUGGAAGUCUCGCAACACUUUAUGCCUUGACGCUUGCCCGGUUCAAACGAUAUCCCGAUGUGAAGCGACGCGGAAUGUGGGGAAUGAAGCCUUUGGUUAUUUUUACGUCACGAGAAUCGCAUUAUUGUUCGACCAAGGGCGCAAAUUGGCUCGGAAUCGGCGAAGAAAAUGUCGUUGAGAUCGAAACAAAUGAACGAGGAGAGAUGUUGAUGACGGAUUUGGUUGGAAAAAUUGAAAAAUCGCUUGAAGAGGGGAAGGAACCGUAUUUUGUGAAUGCAACAAGCGGCACGACUGUCUUGGGAGCGUUCGAUGAUUUGCAAGAAAUUGCUGUGAUUUGUCGGAAAUAUGGAUUGUGGAUGCAUGUUGAUGGUUGCUACGGAGGUCACGUAAUUUUCUCAGAAAAAUACAAAAAACUCAUGGAUGGAAGUUCUCACGCGGAUUCAAUUUCUUAUUGUGCUCAAAAAAUGGGAGGCGCUCCGAUGCAAUGUGCCGUUUUUCUCACACGUCACAAGGGAUUAUUGCUUGAAUGUAACGCUGCGGGUGCCGGAUAUGUCUUUCCAAAGCAAAAACAUUACGACACGAGCUUCGAUCCGGGAGACAAAAGUAUUCAAUGUGGCAAAAAAGUCGAUGGAUUCAAACUAUGGCUCAUUUUAAAAGCUCGUGGAUUGAAAGCAGUUCAAGAAAAUUUGGAAAACAUCUUCUAUUGUGCAAACUUUUUAACUGACAUCGUAAAAAAUCGUCAAAAUUUCCGUCUUGUCAUCGAAAAUCGUAACUCGCCAUCAGUUUGCUUCUGGUAUAUCCCGAAAAAAUUCCAAAAUGUUGAAGAAAAUGCAGAUUUUUGGGCAGAAAUCGACAAAAUAACGUACAAAAUUCACGCUACUUUGGUCAGAAAUGGGCGUCAAAUGCUUGGAAUGAGUAAAUUACCAAAAUAUCACUCGGCAAACUUCUUCCGCGUCGCAUUAGUUGGACAUCCGAGACCCUCAGAGGAAAGCAUGACAGCAAUUUUGGAAGAUAUUGAGCAAGUAGUGAAAGAAUUAAACAAUUUUAAUUAA